UAUCGAUUUUCUAGCCAUCUGACGAAACUAAACGGCGUGUGCAUGUGGCAAGGAAUAUUGUUUCCGAUGUCAUCGCCGAAACGGUAAAUAAUAAUAUCUUCCCAGCCAAUACGGCAUAUACGAAUAAAAAAUUUCACGUUUUUUCGCGGACGAAAGUUAUUGCACCUGCGAGACGUUUUCCCGAGAAAAUAACUCGGAUUUGUGUCUUUAUUAUUGUAGUCAAUGAGUGAUUGAUAACUUUGCAUUUGGAGACGAGCGGAACAAACGCUGUCGUAUGAUAUGGCAUGGAAAUUGUUGGUUGUCCUUCACAAUUUCAUUGUAUUGGCGCACUGCUUGGACUGGUCGGGAAAAAUCUACCAGACGAACGCGGCUUUAGAAAAAGAAAACCUCAUGUUUUGUUACGAGUGCAAUACAAUGGUAAACGGGAAAAGCUGUAGUGAUUUUACAGACAAGGACGAUUAUUUGAGAUUCUCCACGAAAUGCACGGGAGAUAGAAAAACAUGCAUGGUGAAGAGAUAUUCGUACACGACGAGUAACGAGAGCACCACUUCCAGCCAACAGCUCUGGUCACUGGAACGCAACUGUUCGGGCAAAUGCGAAGACGGGUGCAUCGUGAUCGGUGAACGGAUCAAGAUCUAUGCGUGUCAAUCGUGUUGCGAGUCACCGCUGUGCAACGUGUCCAACGGAUCCGACCGUCGGUCCUCAACUCCGUCGUUUGUCGUUUGUCUUGCGUUUUUGUUCUUGCUCUUGAGAACCGCCGUCGAUCAACUGCAGUUGCCGCCGUCGAAACGACCGUCCGCCACACUCUUCUCCACUUCCGAGUCCUCCUUCUCGUCCUCUCCCUUCCACUUGUCAUCAGACACUAGAUUAACCACAAAAAUCAUUAAAUAUUUUAUAUUUUUAUCAUCAUCGAUCCAUCAUCUGUUCACCUCACAGUUUGUCGCUUUCGACACAUCCCCGGUACAUUUUUUUUCCCUAAAAAACUAAAUAUCAUAUUAUAAAUAGAUAUUGUUAAAAACUAAAAAGAAUAGUAGGUACGUACCUACUUGGAUAUAGUAAAUACGUAAAAUAGGUAUAUAACGCCUACCAUAAUAUACAAUACAUUUACCUAUUACCUAUACUAGAAGACAUCAAAGGGGCCGAAAUAGGUAACUUAAACUCGUUGACAAAAUACUGAUGAGUGUUGAAUGAUGGUCCCCUUCCCUAAACAAAUUUACACUUUUAACUAAUUAAUAUCGAAAUAUUAUAGUAUCGGAUGAGGAUAAUCUUUAUAUUGUAUCACAUGAUUCACAUGACACGUGUCAUAGGUAAAACACAUUUUUAUCUGUAUUAUAAUAUAUUAUAUGAUUUUGAUAAAUAUUUUUUGAUUUACUGUGCCAACUAAAAUAUUAUUGGUACCAAUCUACCUUUUACAUAACGUCAUAACAUUAUAUAAAAUAAUAAACUACCUACCUAUGUCUUUUUCGUAAUCUAUUUUUGAAAAUCAACCAUUUUUGUUUCCUUUAAAAAUGUUCUUCGUUUUUGUAGCUAUUUGGCAUUUGCCUAAUGCAGUAAUGCCACUACCUAUCUGGCUAUCUCUGAUAUAGAUUCUAUAUUGUAAUAUAGUAUUAAUAAAUAAUUCCUAUACCUAUAAUAUGUUUCAUUAAUUAUUUGUACACAUUUGUGUAUGUUACUUAUCUAGGCACCAAUUAUUGACUAGGUAUAGUACAAGCUAGACUUGUAAACUUUACAAACAUAUUUUAUAACUGUAAUUGGCGGGUAUAUAACUUUUUUUAUUAAUUACCACCUCAGUUAGCACUUAGUGCCGCACUGCUAUCGCUGUGCAUAUUGAAUAGGUAAGUAAAUUGUAAUUAUAUAAUUUAUCAUUGCCGCAUUGCACAAAAAAUUAAUUAAUUAAAUGGUUCAAUAAUAAAAUUGAAUGGACCAACCAAUAUACAUAUUGUGGUCCCUAAAUCUUGCUUAAGGAAUCACCAGCUCACUAUUGAUUUAAUACAAAUUUAGCAAUUGUUCUUGCAACUUGCCACCCGACAUAUGUAAGUAUGUUAAGUAUUAAAUUAUGUCAUAAACAGAUAAACUCAUAAUAUACUAUAAAUGAAUUCUGGAAAAAAUGGCAAGAAAUAGCAAAGCAAAUUCUUACCUAUUAUUGUUAAAAUAUAAAAUAUGUAUUAGGUAGUUACUAGUUAACUAAUGACAUGUUCAGGAAGUAGGCAACAUAAGAACAAUCAAUACAUUGUAUAUAUAAAUUAUUUUAAAUUAAUAUUUAUUUGGUAAUAUUUCAAAACAUUUAACAUAAUUGGUAGUAUUCAAUGAGUUAGUUGUGUAAUGAUCAUCACAGACAAGUUUACCUAUUUCCUGUUAAUCAGAAUAAAGGAUGAUUUUUAAAUGCUUACUACAACGGUAACGCUCAUAAAAUUAUCUCACAUUAAAGUACACCAUGUUUUAAAAAUUGAAGAAAGUUUUACAAAUAAAUAAAUACAUCAGAAUUUAAAUUUAAUUGUAAUAAACCCAUCGUACCAACACAUUUUAUAUCAAAAAGUUAUACAAACAAAAUAUAUUUCUGUUAAUACGAAAAAAUGAACCAUUGACAUUUUUUUUUUACCAUCACAACAGUAUUUAAAGUCAAAUUAACUUAGUCAACUUGAGUAAUUUAUCAAUCAUUAUAGUGCCUACAAAAACAAUAUAAUUUUGUUAAUCCCAUUGUAUAAAAAUACAAGUGAUUAAACAUUGGCUUAUUUGUGGUAACUAGAAAUUUAAUUGUGGAAGACUUUUGGAACAUGUUUUUCAUUACAAUUACUAAUAAAAUUUGAAAUUGAGUCGAUUAAAAAUCUAAUAUUUUAUAUAGGGACCCAAAUGGAAGUAUACUAUAUACUCUUAAGUUAAGUACACAAUGAAUGUUUUCACUAUGAAAAUGGUUAAAAAUAAAUAACCGAACAUCAUACAGUACUUUAUUAAACAAUAGGUAAGUAUUAAAAUAAGUUUCUUUUAAACAAUUACAUAAUUUAUCUGAAAAUAGUUAUCAUUUUAUUAUUUGAUGACAACAAAAUACCUAAUUUCUUAUUAUAACUAUUCAGAAAAUGUUGUACUCAUCUUUACUUUUAUCAAUAAUGAUUUCAUACGGUAAAAAAAAAUUUGUUUAGUUAUAAUAUGAACACAUUUAAGUAUUUUCAAACAAA